UAGCUAGAAUGCCUAGGGACUGAACCCAUUCUCCACCGUCCACACUUCACUCCAAACCCAGUAAUCUGACCUCAUAAUUAAUCGGAAAAUAGACGUGAAAUAGAAUCCAAUCUCCCCCCUCUCUCUCUCCAGAUUCCCCAGUCAAAAAGAGGUGCAUGACAUGUAUUGCACCUACCAUCGCCUCCAUCUCACAACAACAUCCUCACUCCGCUCUUUGAAUUUCAACUUCCACAGACAUCACCAUCACCCAAUUCCCACCAGGGUUGCAGUUUGCAGUGGGAGGCAGUUUUCGAUGGAUUGUAUUGGAAGUGAAAAUAUGGUGGUAGGUGAUAUUCUCUCACUUCAGAGUAAGAUUGCUGCAAUUCGUGCUGCUGGUCCUUCCAAGCUUCAGGUAAUUGCCGAUUUUGAUGCUACAUUGACAAAAUACAAUAUCAAUGGUCAAAGGGGGCAAACCAGUCAUGCACUUCUACAACAGGGGAAUCCAGAGUAUGACUUAAAGAGACAGAAACUAUAUGACAAUUAUCAUCCAUUAGAAAUCUGUCCAGCAAUUCCAGUUGAAGAGAAAACAAAGCUUAUGGAAGAAUGGUGGGAAAAGACACAUGCUCUUCUUGUUGAGGGAGGUCUUACAUUUAAUGAUAUACGAAAGUCUGUUGCUAAUGCCAGAAUGGCAUUUAGAGACGGCGUAAUUGAACUCUUUCAGAUUUUAGAGAAAAAGAAUGUACCACUCCUUAUUUUUUCUGCAGGGCUUGCAGAUAUCAUAGAGGAGGUCCUGAGGCAGAAAAUUCAGAGACCUUUUAAAAAUAUUGAGAUCGUAUCAAACCGGAUGGUCUUCGAUAACCAAGGGAACCUAUCAUCUUUUAAAGGAAAAACCAUUCAUGUCUUAAAUAAGAACGAACAUGCCCUUGAUAUGGUGGCACCUUUACAUGAUGAAAUGGGAGUUGUGGAUGAGCCAGUCAUUGAUUAUGUUGCAAUGAAACGGAGAACCAACGUUCUACUUCUUGGAGACCACAUUGGAGACUUGGGAAUGUCAGAUGGUCUAAGUUAUGAAACACGAAUAUCAGUGGGUUUUUUAAACGACAAGAUCAAUGAGUCUCUGGAGAGUUACAGCAAAGCCUUUGAUGUUGUGUUAUUGAAUGAUGCCCCAAUGUCGGGAGUUGUCGACCUUCUUUAUCAGCUAAUCAAAGAUGGGAUAGACUGAUCAAGUGCCUUGGAUGCUUUUUCACACUAACACCUAAAGUCAAUCAUCUGUGUAUUGAAACUACAACCUCCCAUAUUGACAUUAUCAUGAUUUUAGUCAAGUAUUAUACGUUUCAUUAAUCAUGAUUUUUGUCUUAUGAUAUUGACAUUAUCAUGAUUUUGAUAUUGAAACGGCUACCCAUUUCUUGCAGUAGGAAUCAUUUACUUGUGUACAAAUUUGUCUACAUUAGGAUAGCCUCAUCUUUUUAUUUCAUUUUUGACUCACUAAUUACCUCCA